GAUGCGCUCCGUAAGCAAAAUGCUCGGCCGACACGUUUAAAGCUGCUUUGCCCUCGGCGAAGAAGAGCGCAAUUUAAGCACUCGAGAAACGAAACGUGAGCCACGCAGGCGAAACACGCGACACCAAUGGCGGCCCUCACUGUACUACCUGCCCUUUUAGUCGCUUUUCUCGGAGCGCGGGGACAUGCCGAGGACAGAAGUAAGAGACAAGUCGUCGGACCCGAAGUACUUCCGAACACUGCAAUUCGCAUACCAUUCACGAUGUGCCAGGCUAACUUGAACGAUCUGGUUCCAUGCACGGUGUCACCCUUGGCAGCAGACUGUUUCCAAAUGAAAGGAUCCUGCUGCAGGGGAUCGUGUGUCUGCAACUCCUAUCCCAACCCGUGCAUCCUAGACGGCGGUCCGUACUUGAUGGGGCGCCGGAAGCGUGCGGUUUUCGAACAGAGCCAUACCCGUGAUCCACAUAGAUGCAUGGACUACUGCAAUGACCAGUGCCGGAUACCAAACUGUUUGCCAGGAACUAGCCGCAGCCGGUGCCAGCCGGAAUGCUUGGCGCUUUGUAUCCUGGAGUGUCAACAAACACACGCUGAAUGACAGGCUGAGAACACUGUUUGGUGUUCAGCAUGCUUCAUAUAAGUCUGCAAAUAAAAAUGAACAACAGA